AUGUUGCUAGUUCUAGCGGUUUUUUCGUUUAUAAGUUUUACUUAUGGAGCGUACCGAAGUAAAGAAGAAGUCCAAGUAUCUUUUCCACAAUGCGAGAGCAUCAUCAAAGAUCCCAAUUCAAAUCCUGCAAUAAAUUUCCAAUGCCUCGUGGUAAACUAUAAUUUAUCUGCUACCCUUGAGGAUGUUAUUUUGAAAAUGGAUCAAGUUCAACAGCAUUUGGAUCGAAUUUUCAUUGAUGAUCAGAAAUACAAACCAUCGCCUUUUAAAAAUAUAGAUGAUAUUUUGGAGAUACCAAUUGAUAUUUCCAGUACAGAUUGCCAGACAAAGCGACACAUACUGCAAGCCAUACGUCGAAAGCUGGAAUGGUAUAAAGUUAUGAAUGAAAGAUCGCCCACUCUUUUUGCCUGGCCUUCGGAAUCGAGUAUAUAUAAACCCCAGAUUUCCGAGCAGUAUUCAAAUGUUGAACUGAGGUCCGAUUACUCAAAAGUAAUGAAUGAAACUCGCUGUCUGCUGGCAAAGGCCAUUGGAAAUACAGAAUCUUUUGCUAAAUUUGGUGACGAAUUCUAAAUAUGGACAAGGCUUAAAGAAGAUGGAGUUGCUGUUGUGACUGUGGCUUACAACUAUUUAUAUUGCUUUUUUUAAGUAUUACUUGAAAAAUACCUCCAAUGAAAUGAAUACUGAACUCGGAAAUGCAAGCUGUUUAAAAAUAAAUAAAGAAUUUUUUAAAUUUUGUU